CACAACCAAAAAGCCCGCUAUCCAAAUAACUAACCUACAUAGGUCUUGAAGUUUUGCAUCUUUUACUAAAUUGGCCUAAGACGACAAACCUCGUUCCCCUUCCCCUUUCUCCCCCUCUCAUUUUUAUUUUAUUUUUCUAGACAUAGACCCUCUAGAUUGCACAAGAAUGUUUUCCAGAUCAGCGUUCCGCGCGGCCCAGCCGUUGAAGCGAAACCUUCUUUCGCGUGCUUACGCCACCGAGCCUGCUAAAAGCGGCUCGUCCAAUACCAUCCUCUAUGCCGUCGGAGCUGUCGGAGCUGCGGGUGCAGGCUACUACUACUUCACAUCGACAAGUAGUGCCGGUGCGGCUGCGGCCAAGGCAAAGGAAGCUGUGAGCGGACCGCCCAAGCCAGCGUUUACUGGCGGCGACCAGGGUUUCAUCUCGCUAUUACUUAAGGAUGUCCAACCUGUUAACCACAACACCAAGAAGCUCAUCUUCGCGCUGCCUGAGGAGGACAUGGUGUCAGGCAUGGCUGUCACCAGCGCGCUGCUUACCAAGUAUCAAUAUGAAGGCCAGAAACCAGUGGUUCGACCUUACACGCCCGUUAGCGACGAAGAUACCAAGGGCACUAUGGAACUUCUGAUCAAGAAGUACCCUAAUGGUCCCAUGUCGACACAUCUACACGACAUGGUGCCUGGCCAGCGACUAGACAUCAAGGGGCCACUUCCCAAGUACCCGUGGUCACCCAACAAGCACGAACACAUCGCACUGAUCGCAGGUGGCACAGGUAUCACGCCCAUGUACCAGUUAUGCCGUGCUAUCUUCAAGAACCCAGAGGACAAGACCAAGGUGACCCUUGUGUUUGGCAACGUAUCCGAGGAGGACAUUUUGUUGAAGCAACAAUUCGCCGAGCUCGAGAACACGUACCCCAACCGUUUCCGCGCCUUCUACGUCCUCGACAACCCACCCAAGGAAUGGACUGGCAACAAGGGCUUCAUUACCAAGGAACUCCUAAAGACUGUUCUCCCCGAACCCAAGAGUGAGAAUGUCAAGGUAUUCGUCUGCGGCCCCCCUGGCCUCUACAAGGCCAUCUCCGGGAACAAAGUCAGUCCCAGCGAUCAGGGCGAGCUGUCGGGUAUCCUGAAGGAGCUGGGCUACUCCAAGGACCAAGUUUACAAGUUUUAAGUUGUGAGCGAGCGAGCGAAUGCAUAUGUGCUUGAGCAUCCUGAUACCUACACAUAAAUAGACUUGACUGUUGAUUCUAGGAGGUGACGGCUUAGUGCCGCAUUCAUUCCCUCCUCAUCGCUUCAUGUGAUGAAUUGGGUUGGUAUGGUAUGAAAGGGACUAUGCUGCGGAAUGGAAAGGAUACGCGCUUGCUGUGUUCUCUAGACAUGACUUUUCUUUUGCCUAUACCUUGUAGCUUAGUUCUAUAUGCGGCCUACCUAAGGGGUAGGUUCGGUCACGUAAAUAAUUGAUUCUUCUAACCUA